GACCGGCUAUCGAUCGGGGGACCCGAUUUUGAAAAGACCCGACGCAGAGGAUAACAGUCCCGGGCGCGCACCCCAGGCCUCCGGCUGCAGACCGGAGAGGGGCGAGCCCGGGAGGACGAGAUCCCGCGGGCACCCGGCGAGCGUCGCGCCCUCACACUCCUCUCGGCCGUCCCCAGCGAGCCGCGCGGCCGCACAGAGGAAGCCCGGCAAUCCCCGCCGCGGCCGAGGACACUUGGUACUGAGUUGGCGCUUGCCCGGCCGCGAGGAGGGCUAGGACAGCCCCUGGACGGUGGGAAGUGGCCGCGUUGAGUUCCCCGCCGCGGGAGGACGCUGCACCUGCCCGGAGGAUGCCCAGGGCCCUGCGGGAGCCUUUCCGGAUCAGAACUUUUUAGGCUGCCCUCCCCUUCCCCCGCAGUCCCCCCCCAGGCCGCGUCCCCGCAGGUGGGGGCCCAGGGGGCGCCGCGGCGCAGCUCCCCUCCCGUCCCCACUCCCAGCUCGGCCGCCCGCCGCUUUGUUCCGGGCGCGCGGAGGGAAGGCGAGGCUGCGGCGGGUCAUGCCCAUGGUGUAGCCGCCAAGCGGAGGCAUGGCUGCCGGAAGGUUACUGCUCUACACGGGCCUCUCGCUAGCGCUCUGCGCCCUCGGCAUGCUGGCCGUGGCCAUCUGCUCCGACCACUGGUACGAGACGGACGCCAGGAAGCACCGGGACAGGUGCAAGGCCUUCAACACCCGCCGGGUCGACCCCGGCUUCAUUUACAACAACAACAACAACUUGCCUCUGCGCGCGAGCCGCUCGCGCCUGGACCGCUGGGAGGGCAAACUCCUCCGGGCCCGGAAUCGCCGGCAGCUGUUCGCCAUGAGCCCCGCGGACGAGUGCAGCCGGCAGUACAACUCCACCAACAUGGGCCUCUGGAGGAAGUGCCACCGGCAGGGCUUUGACCCCGAGAUCGCCGCCCUCCUACGGAAAGGAGAGACUGAGAGGUGCACGUACAUCAAGUACCACUACUCCUCAGCAACCAUCCCCAGGAACCUCACCUUCAACAUCACCAAGACCAUUCGCCAGGAUGAGUGGCAUGCCCUGCACCUGCGUAGAAUGACAGCUGGCUUCAUGGGCAUGGCAGUGGCCAUCAUCCUCUUCGGCUGGAUCAUCGGUGUCCUGGGCUGCUGCUGGGACCGAGGCCUUAUGCAGUAUGUGGCAGGGCUUCUCUUCCUCAUGGGAGGAACCUUCUGCAUCAUUUCACUGUGUACCUGUGUGGCUGGGAUCAACUUUGAGCUAUCACGUUACCCACGCUACCUAUAUGGACUACCGGAUGACAUCAGCCAUGGCUAUGGAUGGUCCAUGUUCUGUGCAUGGGGGGGCCUGGGCCUCACACUAAUCUCGGGAUUCUUCUGUACCUUGGCCCCCUCUGUCCAACCUGUCCCGAGGACCAACUGCCCUAAAUCCAGACCAGAGAAUGGGACAGUGUGCUAA